CGACGAAGAGAGCCACGACUCGCUACGCUUUGCCAAUCGAGCAUACGCAGCCGAGUUUGCUCGGAUUCUUACUUUAAUCUAGUGUCUUCGCGGCAUUGUUGAUUAUAGAGUAAGUGGAAAGCGUCGUAGAAUCGUGAUCCUUUAGAAUAGUUACACCUCGGAUUCAAAAUGGGAUUCAAAUUUCUAGAGGUGAUAAAACCGUUUUGCAGUAUACUUCCGGAAAUAGAGAAGCCGGAACGUAAAAUUCAAUUUCGAGAGAAGGUAUUAUGGACUGCGAUUACCUUAUUCAUUUUCUUAGUAUGUUGUCAGAUUCCUCUAUUUGGAAUUAUGUCUUCGGACAGUGCAGAUCCCUUCUAUUGGAUUCGAGUUAUACUUGCAUCAAAUAGAGGAACUCUUAUGGAGUUGGGAAUCUCUCCCAUUGUUACAUCUGGUCUGAUUAUGCAACUGUUGAGUGGUACGAAAAUAAUUGAAGUUGGUGAUACUCCAAAAGAUAGAGCUCUCUUCAAUGGUGCUCAAAAAUUAUUUGGAAUGGUUAUCACUGUUGGUCAAGCUAUUGUAUAUGUAAUGACUGGAAUGUAUGGUGAUCCAACAGAAAUUGGAGCUGGUGUUUGUUUAUUAAUUAUUAUUCAAUUAUUCGUUGCUGGAUUGAUUGUAUUAUUAUUGGAUGAAUUGCUCCAAAAAGGAUAUGGAUUAGGAAGUGGAAUCUCUCUUUUUAUUGCUACAAAUAUUUGUGAAACAAUUGUAUGGAAAGCAUUUUCUCCAGCUACUGUUAAUACUGGACGUGGCACAGAAUUUGAGGGUGCAGUAAUCGCAUUGUUUCAUUUACUUGCUACAAGACAAGACAAAGUUCGAGCUCUCCGCGAGGCGUUCUACAGGCAAAACCUUCCUAAUCUUAUGAACUUACUUGCCACAAUCCUAGUAUUUGCUAUUGUAAUUUACUUCCAGGGAUUCCGCGUUGACUUGCCAAUUAAAUCUGCCAGAUACAGAGGACAAUACAGCAGCUACCCUAUUAAAUUGUUUUAUACAAGCAAUAUUCCUAUCAUUCUCCAAUCUGCAUUGGUGUCAAAUUUAUAUGUUAUUUCACAAAUGUUGGCAGUCAAAUUUCAAGGAAAUAUUAUCGUGAAUUUGUUGGGAGUAUGGUCCGACAUUGGCGGUGGUGGUCCAGCGCGAUCUUACCCCGUUGGAGGAUUAUGUUAUUAUUUGUCACCACCAGAAUCUGUGGGACAUAUACUUCAGGAUCCCAUUCAUGCUAUUCUUUAUAUUCUCUUUAUGCUUGGUUCUUGUGCUUUCUUUUCAAAAACGUGGAUCGAGGUUUCUGGCAGCUCAGCAAAAGCCGUCGCAAAACAAUUAAAAGAACAACAGAUGGUAAUGAGAGGCCAUAGAGACAAUUCUAUGAUUCAUGAAUUGAAUAGAUAUAUUCCGACCGCGGCGGCAUUUGGUGGAUUGUGUAUCGGUGCUCUGUCUGUACUGGCUGAUUUCCUUGGUGCAAUCGGUUCAGGUACUGGUAUUUUACUCGCCGUCACAAUCAUAUACCAGUACUUCGAGAUCUUCGUUAAAGAACAAAGUGAAAUGGGUGGCAUGAGUACACUACUUUUCUAAACUCAAUUUACAUAGACUUUAAAAGUGAACUUUUUUAAUUCUGAAGAACUGAAUAAUAAUUUAUUGUAAAGUAAGUCCAUUUGACGUCAAAUACUGUUAAUUACUUGAUAGAGUAAUGGAAGGUCUUCAAUAUGAAUCAAAUCACACAUUUUUAUUCUUUGUUUGCCGUUGAGAAGAUCACAUAUAUAAAUACACGUACAUAUUACGUAAUAGUUUUUUCUUUUAUUUUUUACAUAUGAUUGUAGCAUACUCAAAAAUAUUUAAUUAAGUAUCAGUUGCUCGCAAGCAUGUAUUAGUUUCGCGACUACCAUCUAUAGAUUUUGCAAUUAAUAUUGUUUAUUUGUACAUCAUGAAAAAUAAUACCUCUUUUUAUAUGUGAAAUAUAAAUAGUGAUUCUACACUGUGUCAAUCUAUAUCAAAUGGAAUUUUGAAUAAUGUAACACGUUGACAAAGCGUAGAAGUUUGCACUCGAACGUGUAAAAUGUAAAAUGCUCGAAUGUAAAUACAGGCAUUCGGUGUAGUUUGAAUGUUCUGGAUUUACACACAAGAUGUUAUAUCUUCCAGACAACGAGCAGUGUACAUAGGAAGAAAGUGAUUAAAUAUUUUCAGCAUUUUUUACUAGUGUUUUAUACUCCGAAUAAAACGGGGUUAUGUAAAAGACUCUCUCAAAGCGGGCGAUUAAGAUCGUGACGUUUAUGUGAAUCGAAUCAUUGCAUAAUGUAUAAUCAUUUCGUCAGGACGAGACACCCACCUAGGGUAUUCGUACUACCAAUUAAUUCGUACAGUGUUCGCUCAUCAUAGAUAUCAUCAUUCCUAUAUUAAUAAUGAUACAAAACAAAGUAACAUUUCUUUCUUGUAUGUAUUUAGGUGAAUAUGCUUUUAUAAAAAUUAAAAUAUAUUA